AUGACUUUUGCAGCAAAGAAGUUUAGAAGUAAGAAAGAGGAGCUUUUAUUCCAGAAAUCCCUUGCAGGCAGAUACAAAAGUCUAAUAGCCAAAAAUCCAUUCCUGUAUUAUGGUUUACCAUUUUGCCUAAUAAUGGGCUUAGGAUCAUAUUGGCUUUCUAAUUUCACAGCAAUGAGAUAUGAGCGCCGUGACAAGAAGGUCCAAGCGAUGAAUGAAGAAGAAGUAGUGAAAUUGAAGACAAACCGAAGGACAGUCGAUAUCAAGGAGGAAUAUUAUAAACUGCAAGGUUUGGCGGAACAAGAUUGGGAACCUAUUAGAGUUCCAAGGUUUAAAGGUGAAUCAGAAAAUGUGUGGGAUGUUAAAUAA